AUGUCCACCAGCGCUUACUCCCCCCAACCCCACUCCCCCUGCGUCCCAUCUGAGGAACAGGGGGAGUGGGUGUGGGUUCCGAAGACGGCCAUGCCUUCUCAGGCUGGUCAGCUCGACUACCAAUUCACCACCACACCACUCUUCACACCCGCCUUCGGUGACUCCUCCGUUUCACCCAGCACACUCUCCGCCGACCCGUGGGACUCGUUGAUGAUGACAGGCAGCCCUGCUGACGCCCUUCUCGAAGACUUUGGCCAUGUGGGCCGGUCGGAUCUCUUUCCUGAAGUUGUUCUGCCCCUUCAGGACUUCCUUACGGACGAUCUCCUCACCCCCUUUAUGGACGCUACGCUCUUCCCUGCUGUCGAUAUGAACUUGAACCUGGACACCUUCGUGCCUGAUGUUACAACGCCUUUUUCUGACUUCGGCGUCGCCCUCAGCCCCACGUCGUCUGUUCACGAGAGCUCUCCGACAUUCAGCUACAGCCCUCCCAUUUUCGACUCACCCUUUCCGGCUACCACUGGGGCUUCUUCCGAUAUCCCCUCUCCCUCUACUCCUCACAUCCACUCGUGCUCCGAGUCCAACUGCUCCAAGACCUUUGACAAAGUGUCUGAUCUCAAGAGACACGAACGUAAACACCGCCAGCCAUUCCGAUGCGAGCUCUGUGGCAAGGGACACCUUGACAAGCGCGCGCUUGGUCGGCACUUGUGGGCGAAACACCCCGAGUACGCUCAGCAACACAACACCAGGUCAGAGCGGAUAAGGUGCACCGAGUGCGACUACGAGGGGAGGGCAGAUAAUGUCGCCCGACACUCGAAGCGGCAUGCCAAGAAGCGGUAGGGGGUGGAAGUGGUGUGUGAGCGCAUGUGUGUGUGUGUCAUGAUACCCGUGAAGUCUUCUCCUUUUGUGUUUUCUCACCUCUUUUUGUUUCAGCGUGCAUAUCUUGUUUUGGCGUUUUUUUUUUGGGAAUUUGGAGAGAAGGAUAGGGCCCGU